AUGGCCAAAACAAUGCGCGCAGCCGUCAUGCACGCCCCCGGCGGCCCCGAAGUCCUCCAACUCGAGAACAUCCCCGUCCCCACCCCAACCGCCGGCCGCGUCCUCAUCCGCGUCAAAGCCUGCGGCAUGAACCGCUCCGAACUCUUCACGCGCCAGGGCCACUCCCCCGGCGUCCGGUUCCCCCUCGUGCUCGGCAUCGAAGCCUGCGGGCUCGUGGAAGAGUGUCCCGGUGGGGAAUUCAAAAAGGGCCAGAUCGUCGCGACGGCGAUGGGAGGGAUGGGACGGGUGUUCGAUGGCGGGUACGCGGAGUAUACGUGUCCGCCGGUGGGGAACGUGGUGGCGAUCGAGACGGGGUUGGACUGGAAGGUGUUGGGGGCCGUGCCGGAGAUGUUGCAGACGGCGUACGGGAGUCUGUUCACGGCGCUGAAGUUGAGGAAGGGGGAGCGGUUGCUGGUGAGAGGGGGCACGAGCAGCGUUGGGCUGGCGGCGGCGGCGAUUGCGAAGAAUCACGGGGCCACGGUCGCCGGGACGACGAGGAAAGCUGGGAGGGAUGGGCUGUUGAAGGGGAGUGGGUGCGACCAUGUCGUUAUCGAUAAUGGCAAGGUGCGGGAGGAGGUGAGGAAGAUCUGGCCCGAUGGCGCGGACAAGGUGCUCGAGCUCGUCGGCACCUCCAGUCUUGUCGACUCGCUGUCUUGCGUGACUCGAGGCGGCAUUUGCUGCAUGACAGGCAUGGUGUCUGGGCAGUGGUCGAUCCCGGACUUUGAGGUGAUGGCUGCGGUGCCCACGGCGGUUUGUUUGACGACGUAUCAGGGAGAUGAGAAGGACUUUGUCAGUACGCCCUUGGAGGAGAUGGCGCAGCAGAUCAAGGAGGGGAGUUUGAAGGUCAGUGUCGGGAAGACGUUCCCGUUAGAGGAGAUUGUGGAGGCGCAUCGGACGAUGGAGGAGAAUAGGGCUGGUGGGAAGAUCGUUCUGCUCAUGUAG